CAAGUAUUUUAUAUUACCAAACGAGUCAUCCGUUAGGCCGGACAACAAGAAUGAGUUCGAAGAACCACAACUACCAGAUCCACCACGUCGCCUACGCCCCCCUCCCUCCAAUCCCCACCACCCAAAACGUCGUCGUCCUCCCCAUCUACCAACCACCUCCGAGUCGCCAUCGGAGUCGCCACUAUCUCGUCUACGCCACCGCCACUAUCCUCCUCUUCCUAACCAUCUUUCUCCUCUACCCAUCCGACCCGACCAUCCAACUCGCUCUAGUCCGCCUCAACAGCGUCCGAGUCAAUUCGUCGCCUGGACUCACCCUCGACCUCUCCUUCUCUCUCACCGUCAAGGUCUACAACCGGAACUUCUUCUCCCUCGACUACAACUCCCUUGUCGUCGCUGUCGGCUACCGAGGGAGGGAGCUGGGGUUUGUCAGCUCCCAGGGCGGGCGCGUGAGGGCCAGAUCUCCUUCGUAUGUGAACGCCACGGUCGACCUCAAUGGGUUCGAGGUGAUUCACGACGUGUUUUACUUGCUUCAAGAUUUGGCGAGGGGUGUAAUCCCUUUUGAUACUGAUACAGAAGUGAAUGGAGCAAUAGGGCUGCUCUUCUUCAAAAUUCCUCUUAAGGCAAGAGUAUCUUGUGAGGUGCAUGUAAAUACGAAUGACCAGACAAUUGUCCACCAAGAUUGCUACCCUGAGGGCCCGGGCAGCGGAAGAGUGUGGAUAAUGAUGGGGUGGAUAUAAAUAGGAUGUGGCAGAAGUUCUCGAUGGCAAUUGGCAAGUUGUAGCCGAACAUGAAGUGUUUAUAUAUAUAUAUAUAUUUGGAAUAGGCCCGUGGAUUCAUGAUGCAACUAUGACCCAAAAUUGUGCAAGUGGUGGUUGGAAUGCUUUGCAUUGGCACAACUCUAGGUGUUGACACGACAUUCUAAUUUUAGGACAUGGGGAUCUUUUUUUCACUUCUAAUGGAAGGCUGCCAAAAUUAGAAUUCCUAAUGGUAUGUGACAUACAUGAUAUUUUUCAUUCUUGUAGUCGGAUAUAUUCAUGUAGAUGCCAGAUGCCCAUUAACAACGAAGUAGAAUGGUCCCUUUAACUCAAAAAUUACAGAUCGACUGCCAAA